AUGGUGAAGGAGACUGGCUACUACGACAUCCUGCAGGUGAAGCCCAGCGCCAGCUCGGACGAGAUCAAGCGCGCCUAUCGCAAGCUGGCGCUCAAGUACCACCCCGACAAGAACCCGAGCGAGGGCGAGCGGUUUAAGCUCAUAUCCCAGGCAUAUGAAGUUCUGUCGGACCCAAAGAAAAGGGACCUUUAUGACCAGGGUGGGGAACAGGCUAUUAAAGAAGGAGGCUUGAGUGGCGGCAACUUCUCUUCACCCAUGGACAUCUUUGACAUGUUCUUUGGUGGUGGAGGCCGAAUGAAUAGAGAGAGAAGAGGGAAGAACGUUGUGCAUCAGUUAAGCGUAUCUCUUGAAGACUUGUAUAAUGGAGUCACAAGGAAACUGGCACUACAGAAGAAUGUGAUUUGUGCAAAGUGUGAAGGAUAUGGUGGAAAGAGAGGAGCCAUAGAGAAGUGUCCCAUGUGUAAAGGAAGAGGAAUGCAAGUUAUUGUUCAGCAGAUUGGACCUGGCAUGGUGCAGCAAAUUCAAACUGUGUGUUCAGAAUGCAAAGGCCAAGGUGAAAGAAUAAAUCCAAAAGAUAGGUGUGAAAACUGCAAUGGAUGUAAAGUUGUUAGAGAGAAAAAGAUCAUAGAAGUUCAUAUUGAUAAAGGCAUGAAAGAUGGGCAAAAAAUAGUAUUUCAUGGAGAAGGUGAUCAAGAACCUGACCUGGAACCUGGUGAUGUUGUUAUUGUGCUUGAUCAAAGGGAUCACAGUGUCUUUCAGAGACGGGGACAUGAUUUAAUUAUGAAAAUGAGAAUCCAACUCUGUGAGGCUUUAUGUGGCUUCAGAAAGACUAUUGAAACGCUGGAUAAUAGGAUCCUUACUGUAUCUACUAGACCAGGAGAAGUGAUAAAGCAUGGUGACUUAAAAUGUAUCAACAAUGAAGGGAUGCCCACUUACAAAUCUCCAUUGGACAGAGGUUGUCUAAUUGUACAGUUCUUGGUCCAAUUUCCAGAGCACCAUUGGCUUCCAAGGGAGAAGUUGCAUAUGCUGGAAGGUCUGCUUCCUCCACGAGAAGUAGUCAUGAUUACAGAUGACAUGGAUCAGGUAGAUCUUGUAGACUUUGACCCAAGAGAGCAAGCCUACCGUAAUAGUGGAGAAGCAUAUGAAGAUGAUGAAGAAGGACCUAGAACAGGAGUGCAAUGCCAGACAUCUUGAAGUGAUGUAAAAUGGAUAUACAUUUUUCAUAAUGGAAAACUACAUGGCUUAAACAGCCAUUAGUCUUGUUUCUUUUUCCUUGUGUUCAGCAAAUUGAGUUGCUGCGCCAUCACUUUUAUAAUAGUUUUUUAUUUAAGUGUGUUCAUGUAGUUUUCACAUGCAACUUAAACACUUCCAGGUUAUGCAGCUGAGAACAAAGGGACUUGUUAGACAUUUGUGAACCUUUGUAAGCAACUGUAAUAAACUGAAUUGCCACUAAAAGCAAAGUGAUUUAAUCUAUUGUAUUUAUGUAAGACUCCUGCAAUACCAGUUUAGGCUAACUUAGUAUCUUGUGUAAAUACUUUUCAUGCUGUAAAGUUAAUUUCCUAGAAUAAAAAUCAAUUCCAAGCA